UUAACGAAACGAGGGCAUUUACGAAGAACGGGACGAACGGGAUUACUACACACCACACAUCAUUUGUUUAACGAAAAUCAAAAGGGGAAAAUAAAAGAAAAAAAAGAGAAAAAGAAAACUAUUUCACCGAUUUUGGUCUCGUGAUCUUCAACCUCGAAUCCAAUCCAGAGGUAAAAGAUCCAAUUCCGCGUUUACUUUGUGAUCGAAAACUCAAUCGCUGUUUCCGAUCACAACCUCAAUCAGAUUCAGCUUUGUUCCUCGCUCUUUCGGAUAUUGAAAGGUCUUAAUUGUUGAUUUUGAUCUAGUCUCUAGUCAAAACUGUGAAGUUUUAAUUCAACUUUUCAAAUUUAUAAUAGAGCCAUGAGUUUUGUUUUUCGAGGAACAAGAGCAGAUAUAGAAAAUGGGUUUCCAGGAUUUAUGCCUGAGAGGCGAGCAUUGCGUGUUCAUGCAGCACGUCCUAGUAAUUCCAAUUCGCUCACUUUUCUCGUGACAGUUCUCCUGUUAUUCAUGAUACUGAACUCUCACCAGAUGUCCCCAAAUUUUCUGCUCUGGCUGGUGCUUGGUGUUUUCUUGAUGGCAACAAUGUUGAGAAUGUAUGCAACAUGUCAACAGCUUCAAGCACAGGCCCAAGCUCAUGCAGCGGCAGCCAGUGGCCUUCUUGGCCACACGGAACUGAGGUUGCAUAUGCCACCAUCCAUAGCUCUCGCGAGCCGAGGGCGUCUGCAGGGUCUUAGACUUCAGCUUGCACUUCUUGAUCGGGAGUUUGAUGAUCUAGAUUAUGAAACUUUAAGAGCUCUGGAUUCAGAUAAUGUUUCUACUGCACCUUCCAUGACUGAGGAAGAGAUAAAUGCUCUUCCUGUGCACAAAUACAAGGUUUCUGGUCCCCAAAGUAGCUCCUCAAUGCAACAAGCAGCAUCUUCCAGUUCUGCUGAGAAGAAGCAAGAUAAUUCAACUUCCGUUGGGAGUAUGAAAGCCUCUGAUGAUGAGCUCACCUGCAGUGUUUGCUUGGAGCAAGUUAAUGUUGGCGAUGUACUGCGUAGCUUACCCUGCUUGCAUCAGUUUCACGCUAGUUGCAUCGACCCCUGGCUGCGGCAACAAGGGACAUGCCCUGUAUGUAAGUUUCGAGCUGGAUCUGGGUGGAAUGACAAUGGACAUAAUGACAUCGCGGACAUGGUUUGAAUACGUCGUCUAAUUUUUAUUUAUGGACGUGUGAUUAUAAUCUACUACAACUGUAACUUAGUCUCGUCAUGUAUCAAAGAUAGUAGCUCAUGACUAGUAUUCGUGUAAUUACCCUGACAUAGGGAUCUGAAGAACAGCAGGAUACCCUGUAACAACCAUACAAGUUAUACAUUUUGUUUCCCAUUAAACUUACAUUUUCUUGGGAUUCAGUGCAUAACCAAAUGGCAUGUACAAUUUUUUUUUUCUGUCCCUACGAAGUUCUCACUCUCUCUCAUGUGUGCACGUAUCUGGGUGGGAUUGGGUUGUAGUUAUAUAGUGUUAUUAACAAGUUACUGGU